CACUUUGCCCAACUUGUAUGUUUCGCUCGUGCAGGACUUCCUACUUGUAACUUAUGGAUAUAUGGAGUGACAUUACGCACGUGUGCGCGGGUUCUCAGUCUGGGUCCAGCCAGUACAGGGUUAAUGAAUGACUUUAGUAUCCGCCCCGAAACAGCAGACAGACAGACAUUAGGCUCGUCCUCCCCAAAUCCUGGUUUGCGAAAGGCUCGUACCUGAAAACAUACAGCCUUACAUAACGAGUGUAGUCUCAAAUAUAUAACCGACUCUGACCCACAGCCCAACCUGCACACGCUGAGCCGAACCUUCGUGAAGCUGCAAAUCCGAAGAAAGCGCCGAAAUGUCUUCCUGUGAGUUUGAGUCUCUGGAGAAAAGUCUGGAGUCUCAUCUACCGGAGUCCGAGCUCAGGGAGGUCAAACGGAUCCUGUUCGGGAAGGAGACUCAGUGAGUUUCAGUGAAAGAUUUUUUAACUUUGUGUCUUUACUUCACCCAUGCAUUUCUGUCAAAAACUGUCCCUGGUAAAUGAUUGUUCUGCAGGAUGGACUUCAGUCUCUUCUACCAGACCUUCAGUGAGCAGCAGCACAUUUAACCUUUAACCUGCUUAAAGAGAGGCGAUUUUUCACCUAUUACACUGGUGUAGGUUAUUUGCUCUGCUGUUUUUUUUUUUUUUUUUUAAUUAAAUUUUUUACCACAACAAUACAGUGUAUACAUAUCAAUACAAAACAUUUAUUUCAUUUUUUCAGCUGUAUGUGUAUUUUUACAAACAUCCACAGAUAAUGGAGGAUUAAGUCAAAGAGAAUAAUCAUAGUAAUCAUCUCAAAUCAACAACAAAGCUCCAAAAUACAGAUUUAUAGGCACAGAUUCUAGUCAGAGGCAGGACGACAGUAUUUUGAUACGGAUAGUAAGUACUCACACCAUUAAUAUAAACCGUCAUUGCAUCAAUUAAGGUACCACAAGUUCCCAUCUCUCAGUAAAGGAGGCCCUUUAAAGCCUUAGUGAAAAUGUGAUCUGCUCCAUUUGAUAAAUAUUUACUGUGCUGUUUCAACUUAUUUUUCUUGAAAUGUUCACUAAGCCCUCUUCAGAUAACCUCUGUCUACACUUUUGUUUAUCAGACAGUCACAUUAAUAAUUGUAGGCUACUUGAUUAUAUAAAAAACUGCAAUCACAAUUGUUUUCAUGAUAAAGAAUAUUUAUUUAUUUUUACUCAUUUUGUUGUCUUUGUCAAUAAAAUACCAAAAACUACUGAAAACUAUCCAAUACCUGGGAUGAGUGUAUCGGCCGAUAUCUGACACCGAUCCAAUACUACUGUUGAAUAAAUUAACUGUAUACCUUGCCCUGUGCAUUAGCCCAUUAGCCUUGUUAAAAAAAGGUAACAAGUUAACACAGAUAUAAAUUUACUUAAUAUUAUUUAUAACCAUAAAAUAACAAAGUGCACAUUAGCACACAGCAAAAAGAAGUAAGACUUCUGUGUAUUAAAAGAAAAAUUAAAUAAAAAAGAAAAAGACUGGAUCGGCAUCAUUCAUCCGAUAUCCGAUCCAGUGAAUUCGUCAAUAUCGGAGCCGAUAUCUGAUUCAAAUACCAGAUCAGUGCAUCCCUACUGAAAACUUAGGCUACUGCGUGCACUUCUUCGAUAGCUUGUAACAUAGUUCCUACUCCGGUUGCACAUUAAUCAGACAAAAAUUUCUUUAACUGUAAAGUAUAAACAAGGGUUUCUUCCUGUCGUGUAAAAAUCAUCUUACUGCUCAAAAAGGUCGGUGAUGUUGUGGGGGUGGAGCUGGACUCCCAGCUGGCCGUAUCAGAGAGGAGGAUGCUGUCCAAGCUCCACUCCAUACUGGACAAUGUCUCCCACCCUCUCCACAGUAAACUGGUCCUGCAGAGGAGGAACACCUUCAGCAGGAGGCUCCUCACUCCACGAUGCACCACGGAGCGCCACAGGAAAUCUUUCCUGCCGGUGGUCAUCAGACUUUUUAACUCCUCCCUCAGAGACUCUGACACCCUCAGUCAGGAGUCUUUACCUGGACUCUGCUCACUGUUAUACAUGCAUACGAUUACGUUAUGAUUUGUAUUGUAUAUAGUGUAAAUUCUUGUAUAUUACCUCUUUAUUUUUACUUAUUUAUCUAUUAUUUAUCUCCUCUUUUUACUGUAUUUGCACCGGAGUUACUGUGACAAAAGCAAUUUCCCCCUAGAUUAUUAAAGUAUUUCUGAUUCUGAUUCUGAUCUCUGCUGCAGGAAGCUGGACCUCCCUGAGUGUGCUGUGGAAGCUGCUUUAGAGCACAGCUUUGAGCUGAAGGGGUACAGGUUUGAAGCUGCACAGGAACAACUAAGACCCCCCAGGAGGAUCCGCGUCGGGCUCGUUCAGCACCGCACCGUCCUGCCCACUGAUGCUCCUGUACUGGACCAGGUCAGGACAUGCGGGUCUUCUUGUGGCAGGUCUUGGAUGAAGCUGUAACUGUGAAUAAAUCCGUUCUCCUUCUACAGGUCGCCGCCAUGCACAGCCGGAUUGGUGAAAUAGUCGAGGUGGCAGCUAUGUGUGGUGUAAACAUCGUCUGCUUUCAAGAGACCUGGAGUGAGUUCUAGUGUGAGUCAGAUUUACAAGUCUAUGAGCGGACAACACUUCAAAAGAGGUUAAGUUUCCUUGUGUUGUUCACAGCUAUGCCUUUUGCUUUCUGCACACGGGAGAAAGAGCCGUGGACAGAGUUUGCAGAGUCUGCAGAAGAAGGAAACACGACACGCUUCUGCCAAGAGGUGAUGCUACAGAGGUCUGACACUCUGCAGAGAUAUACUUCACCAUGAAACACAAGCUUUACAAAACUGUCUCUCUGUCGUUAGCUGGCUAAAAAAUACAACAUGGUCGUUGUUUCUCCGAUCCUGGAGCGAGAAGAUCUGCACAACACUCUGUGGAACACUGCGGUGGUGAUCUCAAACUCAGGAACUGUGCUGGGAAAGAGCAGGAAGAACCACAUUCCCAGGAUUGGAGAUUUUAAUGAGGUAAGUUAGGGAAAUUCCCGGACUCAAGUUUCACUGCAUUUCUGUGAAAUUAAGCUGCAUCCACUUUUUCCCCCCGCUCAGUCCACAUAUUACAUGGAGGGAGACUCUGGCCACACGGUGUUCCAGACACAAUUCGGGAAGAUAGCUGUGAAUAUUUGUUAUGGGCGCCAUCACCCUCUGAACUGGUUCAUGUACAGCAUGAAUGGAGCGGAGAUCAUCUUUAAUCCUUCAGCGACCGUUGGGGCUCUCAGGUGAGGAGAAAUCAAAAAGGUGCUAAAGAGAAGUAGUGAUCACCUGGUUCUGCUUUUUUUUAAAUCUGGUGGAAAAUAUAUAUAUAUGGUGAGUAAUAUUGCACUUUCUGAAGGUAGAGUGGUAGUCGAAUAAAAACAAAUGUGUAUAUAAAAAGAUGUUUGUUCUUAUUUACACAUAAUAAACAGUAAAAACAGGAACACAGAGCAGCAGGGUGGGAGUGGGGGGUUAUAUGGAGGGUCAUUUGGCAUUUAGCAGUCUGAUAGCAGGGGGGAAGAAACAGUUUGUGAAUGUGGCUGUUCUGCAGCGGAUGCUACAGAACCUUCUGCCAGAGUAACAGACGCUGAAAUAUCAGUGCUGCUACCUUUUUCUGUUGUUAUAUACUGUUUGAACAGUUCAAAUUCUGUUAAAGUAUAUUUUCCUCCUUGCAGUGAGCCCAUGUGGCCCAUAGAGGCCAGGAACGCUGCCAUAGCAAACCACUGUUUCACCUGUGCUAUCAACCGUGUCGGAACGGUAAGUCCAACACUGAAAUAAUAACAGAAUUAUGCCUUCACACUCAAGUGCUAAAAAUACUGGAAUUAUUUAGUAUUCAUGAGGGGAUCUACAAUAUACGGGGAAAGAGUAACUUUAAUUUAAACGUAUUUCGUAAAAACAGGAAAAGUUUUUGUGUUUCAGUCAGCGGGGUGAGACUUUGGAACAAGUUUGCAACAGAGUUGAAGCAUCGUCCAAACUUGAAGCAGUUUAAAAUGAACUAUAAAGACACUAUUUUCAAAAGCUACAGGGAUGAAGGUGUUAUUGGUAGCACUAUGUGUUCAGGGGUUUACUGUGUUGUGCAUAAAUGUAUGUAUUUAUGUAUGUGUAGAGAUAGAGUCUCCAUUAGUGUGUAAUUAAUCUAGUGGUGACGACAGCAUGAGUGUCUAAACAGGUCAAUAAGGCCAAAGAUUGUUGCAAGUUAUUUAAGGAGAAGGGGUGGGACCUUUUAAGUAUUACUUCUUCCCACUCCUUUUCGAACAUAUAUAUAUAUAUUAUAUUAUUUUCAUUGUUUGGUUUUUAUUUACUUGCUCUUGCAUAUUCGAAAUAAACAGAAUCAAAUCAAAUUAAAAAUCACGUGCAGACCUUUACAAAUAUUUACAUUAAAUCUGGAGGAAAAGCAGACUUUCAUGAUUAGUUUUUGAAGUGCUACUAAAGUUUUGCAAAUAAAGCAAAGAAGCACGAAUUAGAGAUAAAUCCGUGGUAACUAGUAUACCUGAAGUACCUCCUGAACUAUCAUCACUGUGUGUGUGUGUGACUCUGCAUUUCUGUAUUUCACACAGGAACAUUUCAAAAGUGAAUUCACGUCCGGUGAUGGAAAAAAGGGUAUGAGAGAUUUAGUUUUUCUUCACUUUGGAGCGUGCACGGUGAAUUUUGUCAGCACAAAGUUUCAAUUAUCUCUCCUGACUUUCCCAGCUCAUCAUGACUUCGGACACUUCUACGGGUCCAGUUAUAUAGCUGCUCCUGACGGCAGCCGGACACCUGGGCUCUCCAGGACUAGUGACGGAUUACUCGUGGUUGACUUAGAUCUGAACCUGAACAGACAAAUCAGUGACAAAUGGAGCUUUAAGGUCAGUAGAACUGGGUUUAACACCAGCAGCUUCUCACUUAAAUACUGGUUACAUGUUUGGUCCUGCAGUGAUUGAUAUGUUGGAGAGAUUUGCGGUAGACAGACGGGGUCAGUCGGUUCUCCUGAAGGUUGUAAUUGUCUUUUCCUUUGUUUGCAGAUGACUGGUCGGUAUGCUGAGUACGCAGAGGAGCUUACCAAAGCAGUUAGACCUGACUUCAAACCUAAGAUAGUCAAGGAGUAGAUCCUCAAAGAAAUAAAUAUGAGAUAACAGAAUCACAACCUCAUUGAAUAAUUCUGUAUCACACAAAAACGACAAGGAUGGAGCAAAUGUUCAAAUUCUUUAAUCAGAACAUCUCAUAAAUGGAGCUCUAUGCUGAAUAAAAAAUAAAGUUUGCGGUUCAAUAUGUGCUGUUUGCUAUCUUCCAAAAGCACAACCAGUACGAAAUCACGUAGUAUAUUCAAGGAAGUCAUUUCAUGGUAAAAUGUUAAAUUUAAAUAGUAUACAAUUCUGUCUGGUUUGAAAAUGUAGUGCAAAAACAGAUACAUAAUACCAUAAUUAAAAAAAAAUAAUAUAAAAGUGAGGGACACUGAGUUAUUUACCUGUUUUUUUACCACUUUGAACUGAGAGCAUGAUUAAGUCAAAAUUAUUCCUUUUUUUUUCUGCAAUAUGAUCAAAACUAACAAAGCACUCAAUUUAUCUAUGCUGCAUGUUGCCACGACAACAGAGCAAAGGAUGGGAGGCUGCCCUUUAUUCAGUGCAGUAAAUAAAAACCUCUUAAGUCACGUUUUAAGAUUCUCAUCCAGCGUCCUUUCUUCUGCCCUCCACAGGCAGACGACGGACUAUUGCAUUGAACUAGUUUUGUCAUUUGAUGUACAUGUCACACUUUUGGGCAUAAAUUACCUGAGACUCUCAAAAGACAACUCUUUGUAUUCCCUGUCUCUGGAUAGUCAGGAAAAAAAGGGACAGAAAGGUGAGCGAAGAGUGUUUUUAAAGGCAUGUGAAGGUGAGGCAGGUGGAUGAUGAGCCUCUUGGGACUCCAAAAACACAGCACAAGUAAAGUUUUUCCGUCUCUGAUCUUGAUUUCUGUGUACACUAUUCCUCAGUCAAUCUAUUUUGAGUCAUGAUUCCCACAUUUCAUCCAUUCUUAGUUUGAGAUUUCAAUGGCUCCGAUAUAUGAGCCAUAACAGAAAUUAAAAUUCAUCAGCAACCCUAAAAAGUUACAUUUGCUAUUUGUCCACCUCAAGAGAGAAAUAAAAAAUAUCAGCUGAGAUUA